UUCACUUAGAUCUCUCACCAGAUGUCAGUGCCAUUUUUGCCAUUGUUUGCGCCUUGCUACUCACGCGAGCUCAGGAAAUCUCGGUCAUACCAAUGAAUCUUACUUUCCUUCUAGCAAUGAGAGUCCAACUAAAACAUAACGGUUGGUUUUGUCACAGUUUACAGUCGAUUACCAUCGUCAACUCCUCCUUUUGACAAAAGUCGACAUCAGCCCUGAAAGAGUUAAGCAGUGAAAUGGUCUAUUGUAAAAUGCAUGGAAUACCCCAUCAGGAUUAACACCUGAUAUAAGACUUGUUUUAGAAUACAUUUGCUUGGGCUGUAGUCUGUAUUGCAUGAGUGUUUAUCACAUUUUGCAUUUUUAGUUUAAGCAUACUUCUCAUUCCCAUGCUUAUCAACUUUAAUUACUAUCUUUUAUUUGCAAAUUCCGCAGCCUGUAAUUUAUGCCUAUGGUAAUACAGCCUCUAGAAAUGGCAUACGAGUCGAUAACGUAGGGAAGAAAUAGGUUUUAAGUGGACCAGACCCAUAGUUAUGCUUGCUCCAUUGUAGAACAUAUAUAUUACUAUUGCAAUCUUAACACUUGGCCACUGAACUGUUUUAUAAUUGUAAACAUAUACACCUCAGGAUGGGCUAACUUGGCUGACUUGUCAUCUAGGAAUAGAAGCAAUGCUAUAUAACUUUCAAAGUGACAAAAAUUUGGCCCUCCUCUUUGAAGCAGGAGCAAAAACAAUUUUUUAGUUUUAUUAAUUUAGGAAACUACUCAUAACUUCAACAGGAUUUAGAGGAGCUUGUGAGCUGUCCUAACUUGCUAGGGGUUACCAAACGAUUGCAUUCAGGCAGAGUUUGGCACAUAGAUCAGGAAAGGCUGAAUGUUUAGAAAAUGCUGAACAACAGUGAACCCAUAAAAUAAUACUGAUUUGACAGACAUGGAAUAAUAUUUGUAACAAAUCUUGUACAUUAUGUGAUCACUCCAUCGACAAGCAGUGCAAAUGUUUAAAGACAUUUACUAAGUAUAUACACAUGUAUGUAUUUCAUUUGAUCCUCUGCAGUUGUUACUGCAAAUUACUAAAAUGGACAAGAUGCUGGUGACAGUCCAGAGUAUACUCUCCUGUCUCAGGAUAAUUCAGUUAAUAGAAGUAAAUCUUGUUAUAGAUUUUUAGUUAGAAAGUGUGCUUUGAAAUUGACUCUGUGCUUAUCUUCCCACUGACUCCUGGUUGUACAUUGCUGCUUAUGGUUUUGGUUAGAGACUAGAACUUAUUUUUUGAAAAGUUAGUCAGUUAACAUGCACUGCCUGCCAUUUUUAGAGCACAUUCUUCCUUUAUGCAUAUUUAUUGAUGAAUUAACAAAGUGACAUAUUAUCCAUGGAUUGCAUUCUUAUUUACACAGUAGUAUGUAUACAUUAUUUUCACUUAUCAACCUUAUCCUGCAGAUUGUUUUUGUUUUUCCCCAAGGCUUAUGAAGAUUCCAUUUGGUGUUUAAUCAAGAUGGUAACCCACAUUUGUAAUUUUGUGACAACGCGAGGUAUAAAAUGGGAACCAAUUCUGCGGUGUACACUUUUCUCUCAUUCCAUCAUUUCCCAUCUAUCAAGUCGUGACAUGGGAAGCCACAAUCACCAGAAGGCUGGUUUCCAGCAAACAUCAGAAGCAACAGAGGUUGAUUUUGAUCAAGAAUACUUUGAAAAAAACGUGGAGACCUUAAUAAGAGAGAAGAAAAAACAACAAAAGGCAAUCAAAGAAAAAAGAAUGAGAAAUUGGAUUGAUGGUCCUGGCCCACCAGAGAGGAAACUGACUUGGGAAGCAAUGGAACAAAUUAGGUAUCUGAACCAAGAGUAUCCAGAAGAGUGGACAUUGCCUCACCUGGCUGAAGGAUUUGGUGUGACAGUCGAUACUGUCAAACGAGUGCUAAGGAGUAAAUUUAGCGCUCCUUUACAGAGGCGUGUUAAGCAGGAUAGCAGAGUUCUAGUCAGAAAUGAACUGAAAACAAAAGCACUAGGAGACUUUGAAAAGAUGAAGGAGCUAAAGAUGCCCGCCCCACCAUUACCCUUGCUGGUAACUCCAGGGAACUCCAUAGCUGUACAAGUCCAGUCAUCUUUAGAAACAAGACCUCCACAGCCAUUUAAUAAGGUAUAUGUUAAAAAGUUUCACAAAAAAAACUUUCAGACAUUCAACGAUGAUGACACAAAUAAUGUCAAUCUACAAUCCACAGAAGAGAUGAAGCUUUCAAAGAUGCAGAAUACGGAGAGCCACUUGAAUGGAUACAACAAGCAUGGCAAGGCUGUCUCCAAAGAAACAACAGCAGGGCAUAGAGUGUUUGGCCAUGAAGAAAAAGUGGACACUAUUCAGAAAGGAAGGGAGUUUUAUGACAGCAAAGGAAAUUUCCUCUAUUCCAUCUAACCAUUAAAGAGAUCAGACUUCUAGGAACUGGUUUUGUCCAAAUUCAGUACACAGUACUACUUUGGACUGCAAAGACAGUCUUCCUGUAUUUGUGGUCUUAUUUAUUUCAAAUUAGUUAUGAAUAAAAGGUACAUUAAAAACUAA